AUGGACUUUCCUGGAGGCGCACCCACCAACAUACAUCUAAUUGAUGGCUUCUCCAAUAUUUACUGGAGAAUAUAUACUGAAGAACCUGGCAUUGUCAAUCAGUCACCAGAGAGUCCGGCCAAUGGCUACACUAUUCUCAAACAUCUCGGUCGUCUGAAAGACCUGGAGGCACGCUUGAGGAAUUUGAACUGCCUUGCCUCAUGUCCGAGGCGACUUGGACUUUGGGUUUUCUCCUCCACGCCUGAAUUUGAAAGCCUGAACCCCCUUUACUUAAAGGAGGGUGACGAAGGAUCGAGCAAGAUUGUUGUUGGUGCAACCACCUUGAAAGUCUCUGCCUUGGGGAAUAUUACAGCGUCAGAGUUGGUCAAAAACCUCACAUCAGAAAGUCAGACCAAUGGUGCUCAAUCUUCUGGACCGCAGAGGCCACAGCAGGGACAAGCUUCUUCUAGGCGCUCAGAUGGUUACAACAGCUCUGCCGCUAUAUACGCCUCGUUUAUGUCUGCGAUAACUGCAACCCUCGGUCUUCAGCUCAUUCGGCGCCACGGUGCUUUGCCGCUCGGAUCACGUACCUUCUUUACUGCUGUGGAAAAGCCUGGCUAUGAAAGUCCUCGCAUCGACAAUGAAAGUGUCUUUUCCAGGCCGUGUUUGACCACAUUCAAUAUUCAAUUGUCUUCGUCGGGGACAUUAACUGUUUCCCCGCAAACAGUCUUCCAGGCUGGCAUCGCACGCUUAUACACUCCCCGAAACGACAUUACAGAAGCCCUUGGUGUACCCCCAGAUACCGACUUGUGGCUUUGUCCCAAUGGAACUAUUGCUAGACUUGUCACCCCUAAUAUUCACUCGUCGACCGUGCCAUCUCCGAAUUAUGAAGCUACUAGCAAUGUCCCUGAGAAACAAAAACAGUGGAAGCUUGAUGUUUUACAGUGGCUAGCGCAUUUUGGCUUACAUGUUGAUCUUGUUGAUGAAGAGCCAUGGGUUGAGGUGGAGGUGUGGGAACCAUUCUUCGCAAGGCUGGCCGGCGAAGCAUGGCGGCAGAGUGAUGCUUCUACAUCUGCGCUCCCAUUGAAGCGGAUGCUGUGGCCAGCGAGAUUUUGCUUCAGAAGACUGGGCCCUCCAAAUUCGGCACCGAUAGCCCAACCUUCUUUUCCCAAUGAUCCUUUGGAAUUCGCAGAUCAAUGGUCUUCAGUGGCAAACACCCUGGACCUAAACCGCGAUGCUCGAAAUAUCCCCGUUGCUGAAGAACCUCGAUCUAAGGAUCUUGAAAUGUCAUCUCCAAAAUUUGACAACACGGAAAAUAUAGAAAGUCUCUCCCGAAUCGCGCAAUAUCCUGACUUACAAACCACACACCUCGUCUACCCAACACCUCCGGAUGGUGCCACUGCGGUGGGUUUGAAUAAUCCCAACCUCCCAGAUGCCUUCCCCGAGGAGUCCGACUUUGGGCUAUUGCAAGCCUCACAAAGCGCCGCAAUGAAUCGCCCUGGUACGGACCUUUCGCCUGAUCUUGGUCGAAAUCCUGGUCUGGAGGUUGGCUCCGGCCGAUAUGAUGCAAGUGAUGACGAAGACCUCUUUGGGGACAUGAAUGAAAAAGAGUUUGGAUCCAAAGGAAUAACCGAUGAUGACUUCAACUUCUUUGACGAUCCUGAUCUCGAGGGCAUUGAUGAUGAUGCUGGAAUUGACGAUCCUGAGAAGGCUCCACACGAUACUUUGGAAGCAGAUCAACCUGAAGCGCAGGUUUUAUCUGAUGGCGAUCCGCCUAAACAAGAUCCUUCAACGUUCAAUGAUCUCGAGGCCGAAGAAACACAUCUCCAGCAGUCCGAGGCACGAGAUUCACCCUUUGAUGAACUGAUGGAUCAAGCUGAACCCGCCCAGUCGACUCCAGAUCGUACGGGCCAAACCAUCAGUCCACCCUUAAGCCCCGUGGAAAUCAAGAAAAUCCUGUUUCCAGAACCGGGUCUAGACAAUCGUGAGCAUCCUAAGGACAAUCGUCUUCAUGGCCACUACCACCCUGUUGCCUUUGAAAAGAAAUUGGGAGAUUGGGAGCAGAAGUAUGGAGCGACUGGCAAGUUCUGGUUUUCAACUGGAGGUGCAUCGGGCGCUUCGGAUCAGGCUUCCAACCCCAUCCCCACCAUCGGUCUUCCUCAUCGCGGCAGACAUGGGGCUACGAAGACAGGCCCCUCUCCGCAAGCAGACAAAGCCGGUUCCCCGUCAGCACUGACGGACAAGCGCUUUCGGUCCUUUUCGGCCUCUAGCAGUGACAGCGAUGACAGCCGUAAUCUGGUUUCAGAGCACGUACCAGUCCCGGUAGUCAUACCAUCAUUAAAGCGAAAGCGUGUUCCUUCAAGCUCCGACAUUUUGUCCGCUGUUUCUCCUGAUAAGUCUCCGCUCAGCCCUGAAGCGAUCUCGGGCUACAAAACAGAAAAUCGAGCGUUUCUGGGCAAUUUCCUCUCGAAUUUCUCCGAUUGGACUUUGGCUGGUUACUUCUCUGCUUUCCAACCCCAGCAACUGCCUGUACUUCUUCGACGUGAAGAACAGACUCAGAUUGCCCAGUUAAUGGUCGAUCAAAUCACCCAGUCCUCUUUCGAGCAUUCUCUAGAUGGCCAAAUUGGCCUCUUUGAUCUCGAAGGUGACUUUCCGGCAUUGCGGACGUAUCUUGACGAUACAAGCUUGCUGGGCGACGUUGUAAAGCUUGACUUGAAGAAAUACACGUCCCUAGAGGAACAUAAAGCGGCAGCGUCGACACAAUCCCAGGUAAAGGACACGAGGAACGGGUCUAUUUCGAAAGUUGGAGCACCGCAUGUGCGAGUCCGCCGUGGCAAAGACUUCUUAGAAGCGCUUCCGCCUGCCGUUUCUUUCUGGGAAACGUUUGGCCUUGAGCCUGCACAUGGACCGAAGCAUAUCUCGGCCUAUUGCAUUCAUCCUCACGCUGCAACGAAGACAGCAGGUGCAUUUCUGGAUCGCUUUGGUCUUAUCUAUCAGAGUUGCAGCUUCGGAAGUCAUUCUCGAGGGGAGAAAUCUAUGUCAUUCGAACAGGGUAUGAGGCUGUGGGACUCAGAAUCCUCUCGUUAUGGCUUUAUGAUGCAAUCUCUGAAGGGAAUCCUAGAGGAACUUGGAAAUGACCUAUUUCAAUACCCGCCCUCCACGGACAAUUGCGUUGUCUAUAUCAUUAAUCCAUUUCCUCAGGCUGCAGCUCUGGCAGACAUAUGCGCGGCCUUUUGGCGCCUCUUCCAACAGUUAGUCGCAGAUGCGGAACGUCGACAGGCUCGCCGGGUCAAUGAGCUGGUUUUGCAGAUCAUCCCGAUGGACUUUGUCACCUCGGAAGACUCGAUGGUUGUCCCAUCCCAGGCAGAAUAUCUGAAUUUGGCACUGGAGGUCUACAGCCGAUGUAGGCCGGAUGAUGCCAAUUUUAACCCUCUGCUUUGCGCUCCGCCAGUCCUUCUUUCUGAUCCUCUUCCGAAGGCCAUUAACUUCCGUCUUGUCCCGGAAAAGGGCUCGCCCUUGCAGGACGGGCGGAGUCUCCACAUUGCUUGUUCAAAAAGUCUGACCCAGCGCUGGAUAUCGGUGGCAUGGUCGGACGGCUCUGGUACUCUUCAAAAGACCAUGUCUUAUUGUCUGCGCUAUCGAAAUUCGGGCGUUGCCAGGGCGGUCUUUGAGGUGCGCAAUGAGAUAUGGGCCACAACCAAGCACAUUCUAGAUCAAUUCCAGGCUCGGUGGAAGGUCUUGCUGGUGGCUACCGAGUCUAUGGAUCUGGAUGACGUUGAAGCAUGGGCUAGUUUCGCAGAACAGCAUAACAAGAUCCGCCCGGGGUCUUUGGAAUUGACAAUCCUGACGACCAGCACCAUUCCCGACUUAAUCCUUGGGCCCCCAGUCUCAGCAAUGUCGAUGGCCGUCUUCAAUCCACAAUAUUCUUUUACCCCUGUCUCAACUCCAAACCCAAGCGCCAGCAUUGCCUCCCCAGAACAAUCUGGCAAUGCCGCCACGCCGACCAGUGGCGGGCCUGCCGCUUACAAUGCUCUUACCCCAACCGACACCUCCCUUGAAACCGAUUCGGAGUCUGUACUCGCCGAUAUCUGCGAUGAGUCUUGGGUAGCCAUCCUGUCUCAUCGCCUCAACAGCUCUCCCCACCUUACCGAACUUCGCCCCGCGCUAGCUAGCGGGUAUCUCCUCCGCCGAAAGGGCGCCACCGACAGCGAGGGCGUCUUUGCAAUGGCGGUUAAUCUCAUCUACUCGCAGCGGCCACCCGCAUCCCAUGACAACAUCCUGAAAGAAACUCUGGAAAUGUACCGGGACCUGGCAUCUCUUGCCCGGGCCAAGGGCAUGCGCAGCGUGCAAGGCAAUACGCUGCCUUGGCAUGUUGCCACUGCUCUUCGCGCUCAAGAGCUACUUAGCUAUGUCUUUUAG